AUGGCGUCGUUUAAAAAAUACAUCCGUUCUUAUAGCUUUGUGGCUUUUGCAGUGGCUCUGCUGGGAGUAGUUGGUGCUACUUCGCUGUCCAGGACCUAUUUGCCACCUCAGGUGCAGCAGCGUCAGGUGAUCUCGGUGCCGAGGGUCCAGGUUCAACCGCAAGUGAUUCACCGCCAGGUGGUUCAGCCACAGAACACCUAUCUGCCUCCUGCCCCAAGGGUCGUGCCUCAAGUGAUUCCCCAGUAUCGUCCUGCCCCACAAGUGAUCCCUCAGUAUCGUCCUGCUCCACAAGUGAUUCCCCAGUAUCGUCCUGCUCCUCAAGUGAUCUCUGUUCCUCGCAACACCUACCUGCCACCAGCCCAAGUGAUUGCUCGUCCAGCUCCACAGAUCAUCCAAGUAGCUGCCCCACGAAACACCUACUUACCACCUGCCCCCCGCAACACCUACCUGCCACCCCAAUAA